AUCAACGCAUGCGCAUUACGUUAUUUGGCGCGAAAUGUACACAAACUGCAAUUUUUGCAAAAUUUGACCGAUAGCAACUGUGUCAAGUACAUCUAUAAAUUGAUAUCAUGGAUAUAAGGAGUUUCUUUUCACCUGGAGGUGCGAAGAAGAGCGGGGCAGCUUCAACUCAGAAACCAGGUAAAGACACUGACUCUGGUCUGACAAAGAUCAAGAACGGAAAAGAAAAACAUAAAGAAGAUAUAACUGUCUCAAAUAAACUUAAAACUGAAAACAGUGACAUAAAUGGAAAUAAAAAGAAUGACAAAGAUGCGAAAAAGAAAAAGGAAAGCAAGAGUAGGGAUAGAAGUAAAGACAAAAGUGAUAGUAGACAUAAAGGGAAAAGUAGAGAGAAGAAUAAAGAAAAAGUAGUUGAAGAAAACGAAGUUAUUGAAAUAGAUGAUGAUUCGUUGCAAGAAAAACCCAAGAAGGAUAAGAAGGAGAAAGGGAAGAAUGUGGAUAAAAAUUUAUCAGAGAAAGAUGAAGUUGAUGACGAGGCUGCCACAGAGAAGAAGAGAGGGAAGAAGAGAAAGAAACAGGUCUCAAGUGAUGAAGACUUCGAUGUGAAGAUUGAUGAUGAUGAUGAAGAUGAUGAUAUGGUUGUCAAGAAAACUAAAAACAUGAAGAAAAAAGGAAAGAAGAUACAGAAACUUCUGGACUCUGAUUCUGAUGAAGACCCUUUACCAAAAGACAAGAAACAGAAGAAAUCCAGAAAGAAACAAACAGUGGUACACAUAGGAGGCGCUGGUGAAUAUACAGAAGAGGAGGUUAAACCAAAGAAGACUUUCCUUGAUAACUUCCUGGCGAGUCCCAGUCCCCAGAAGAAGGUAAAACCCAACGCUGAACCCACGAAAACUGAGGUUAAAAAAGAGGUGUCUGCGACAGAUUUCUUUGGAAAGUCAUCAGUGCAUAGAGUUGAGCGAAAGAUUACACAUGUUGAAAGAAAACCAGAAAAGGAUGAAGGAAAGGAGGCUAGUGUUCCUGUGGAAAUCGAUGAUGUUGAGAUGCACAGUGAUGAUGACUUUGAAAGAACGUUAGAACUUCUUGAUGAAGAAGCUAUCACUUCAGCUAAGAAAACAGAAGAGGACAAGAAAGAGGAGAGUAAACCUGUGAAGGAAGAAAAAGAGAAGACCAGUCUGUCAAGCAAACUUGCCAAUAAAGCAAAGCAGUCUGUGAUCUCACCAGAGAAAAAACAUGGCAUCCUUGUAGCUGAUACACCUGAUUCUAAAAGGCCCUCUCCAAAGAAAGCCAAAAUGGAGUUUGUUAUGCAUAGGACUGAAAGAAAAUCUGACACAUCUCCAACAAAGCCUAAGGAGUCUCCAACUAGGCCUGAUAAACACACCCCUCCGAAGAAAACUCCAGAUAAAGGGAGAAGUAAAACGGGGAGUGCCGAGAAGAAAAUCAGUCCGGCUAAAACUGAUUCUGAGACACCAGGUCAUAAAGGUGGAACUGGGUAUAGGUCUUACUUGAACCGGGCUGGUCCGCAGGCACUUGGCUCCAAGGAGAUACCAGAGGGAGCAGAAAACUGUUUAGAAGGGCUGACGUUUGUCAUCACAGGAGUUCUAGAGUCAUUUGAGAGGGAUGAAUCUAAGUCUAUGGUGGAGAGAUAUGGGGGAAAGGUUACUGGAAGCCUUAGUAAGAAAACAGACUACCUCGUAGCUGGCAGGGAUCCUGGACAGGCUAAAAUGUCAAAGGCAGAAUCGUUGAAAACCAAGAUUAUUGAUGAGGAUCAGCUGCUAGAUUUAAUCAGAACACGACCAGGCAAGAAGUCCAAAUAUACCAUACAAGCUGAGGAAUCUUUUAAAAAAGAGAAUUCACUGCAAAAAACGGCAUCCGGAAAAUUAGAUUCUUUUAAGAGAGACGCUCCAUCAAAAUCAGAAAGUGUUAGUGAUUCUAAAAUGCAUACCUCAUCUGAGUCAAACAGUCAAUCAGAAUUAACUAGUUCGCAAAAUGACCAAUCAGUGAAAAGUGGUAAAGUUCAAACUGACCAAUCACAGCCCUCGUUACUGUGGGUUGACAAAUACAAACCAUCUCAAAUGAAACAGAUUAUUGGUCAAACUGGUGAUAAAAGUAAUGCUAAGAAGUUACUUCAUUGGCUGAAUAACUGGCAUAGAAACCAAGCUGCUGGAGUUAAACCUGUGACUGGGAAAUUCUUUGGAGGUGGCGGGAGUGGUGAUGGGGCGGGGUUUAAAGCAGCUUUGUUGUCAGGACCGCCUGGUAUAGGGAAAACUACAACAGCAACAAUUGUUUGUAAGGAAGCAGGGUUUUCUUACGUUGAAUUGAAUGCUUCGGAUACAAGAAAUGCCAAAAGUCUGAAGGAGGUAGUCUCGCAGUCAGUAGGCAAUACAAGUAUUGUAGAUUACAUUGGGUCAGGAUUGUCCACAACACAUGGACACAAACACUGUCUCAUAAUGGAUGAGGUAGACGGGAUGAGUGGGAACGAGGACAGAGGAGGUGUAGGGGAAUUGGUAAACCUCAUCAAGAACACAAAGAUACCAAUUAUUACAAUGUGUAAUGACAGAAACCAUCCGAAAAUGAGAACACUGUCAAACCAUUGCUUCGAUCUCCGAUUUCAACGACCCAGAGUGGAACAAAUAAAGGCUGCUGUGAUGUCGAUAGCAUUUAAAGAAGGAUUAAAAAUUCCACCUCCAGCGGUGAAUGAAAUUAUUAUAGCAGCCAAUCAAGAUAUGAGACAGGUGAUACACAAUUUGUCACUGUGGACAGCGGCUGACAAGGCUGUUACGUAUGAUCAAGUGAAAUCCGAUGCUCAACAUGCAAAGAAAGAUAUGAAACUGGGACCUUUUGAUGUCUGUCGGAAAGUAUUUGUUGGAGGUGAGGAAACAAAUAGAAUGACGCUGAAUGAUAAGUCGGACUUGUUCUUCCACGACUACAACAUAGCGCCACUGUUUGUCCAGGAAAAUUAUGUUCAUGUCAUACCAUAUGCAGCCAGGAAUGGCAACACCAAGCACUUGUCUUUGCUGGCACGAUCAGCUGAUGCUCUGUGUGAUGGAGAUGUUUGCGAGAAAAGAAUUAGAACUAGUCAAAGCUGGGGUCUACUACCUCUAGAGGCAAUGUAUGCAAGUGUACUACCUGGAGAAUACAUGCGGGGCAAUAUAACACAAAUGAUUGCAUUUCCAAGUUGGCUCGGUAAAAAUUCUACAACAGGAAAAACCGAGAGAAUCCUGCAAGAACUAAGAACACAUAUGAGACUUGAGAUAUCCGGGGACAAGAAAAGUUUGAACCUGGACUAUCUGCCAUUCUUCCGUCAGUCACUGACACAACCUUUGAUACAAAAGGAAGCUGAGGGUGUACCGGAUGUUAUUAAGUUGAUGGAUGAAUACGAUAUAGUUAAAGAUGAUUUUGAUAAUAUUAUGGACAUAACGAAAUGGCCAAACAGUAUAGAUCCUUUGAGUAAACUUAGCACAAAGACAAAAGCAGCAUUUACCCGCACAUACAACAAAGAGGUUCAUAUGACACCGUACUCAACAGGAGCGGCUACUAAGAAGAAACGUGGAGGUGGAGCUAAUACAGAUGAGCUUGAACUCCUUGGAAACGAGGAGGAAGGCGGCGGAGCUGUUGAGGAGGAGGAGGAAGAGGGGGAUGACUUAGAAACUGAUACAAUGAUAAAAAAGAAAACAAAAGGAAAAGGCACAACAGAAACAAAAGGAAAAGGGAAGGGCCCAGCCAAGGGAAAAGGGGAGUCAAAAGGAAAAGGGAAAGGAAAGGGAAAAUCAUGACAGGAUUUCUUUGCUAAACAUUUGUUAACUGGUAUUGAAAACUGGAAAUACCGUGCAGGGAAGUGUUGCGGAUUAGUGAAGGGUGCAUGUGUUUGGCCUGAAAAGACAUUUAGUAAAAGGAUUGUUACUGUGUUGUUGAUAGUAAAGUUAGUGACUAUACCAAAGUGACUAUACCACACCAUAUGUGCUAACUUGCUGCUUCAUUGAUGGCAUUAGUGGUAAUAUAUGAUAUAUGAAAUUUUGCUGCUUAGAAAUGGCUAGGGGGUUAGUAAUGGCAGAAUGAAUGGGAGAUCUAGUAAAACCAGUCAGAAAAUUUCUACAUGGUGUAUUGAAUAGUAAAAGCAUUAGAUUUACUUUCUUAGCUAUGUGAAUGUGGCAACGUUGGGAUGAACAGUUUGAUCUAGCAAUACAGCAAUGUAUGUUAUAUCAUUUGAAGAAAAACAUAAUGUACACAAACAUAAUUCAUUCAAGAUUAAAAAAUCUUAAGCUGAGUUAAAUUGCUGCCGUAAUAUGACUAAAAUACUGUACAAAGAAAUGAUGAAGCUGAUCUGCAUUCAGAAAGGGAAGAAAUCUAAAAGUACUACCAUUUGCCUGUCUGUAUUGACUGCUAUAGAUUUGGUAGAUUUCGUGAUGGGUUUUAUUUUCGCUAUUAUUGGUGAAUAAUGCCGCUUGUGAGUUAAAUUUUUGCAAAUACUAUUAUUUGUUAUAUGAAAUACAAACACUCCUGUGGAAAAUGUGUUGUAGAGUUAACAAGAACAGUAUGCUUCAUUACAUUAUAAUAUCGUUUACAUCAUUUCUUGUUGUUGAGACCAUGUUACUUACUUGGGAUGUAGAAGUCUUUGUGAGAAAAUCAUUCAGCUUGUUUAUGGAAGAUUGGUGGUUCUACCGAGGUAAUCACUUACGCCUGUAAUAAUGCACAAAGGAGCACCUUCCUACACCAUUAAAAUCUUGAGACUUCCUACACCAUUAAAAGCUUGAGACUUCCUACACCAUUAAAAGCUGGAAAGUCACCAUAUGACCGAUAACUUAUGUCUGUGUGACAUUGAACCCGAUAGAUGCAUUAUUCAAGUGAAUGAAUUUGAACAUGUUGAAUUGUUUGUUUGUUUGUUAACAUGCAAUUGUAUAUGAUGUUGUAGAGUGCUAUUUGAAAUCGGAAAAAUGCUAAAAUGAAUAAAG